AUGAGUAACUUUUACAGCGUAUCCGAUGAUAUUUUAACUAAUAUUAUGUCAAGACUUCCGGCUAAACCAUUUGCGGCUGCUGCUUGUGUAAGCCAUUUAUGGAAUAGAGUUUCUGAUCGUAUUCUUUCGCGACCACGACUUACUUCCGGUCUUUCUCUUGCCGAAUCUCCCGAGAUCGCCGUGGAUGAAGCCCUUGAAAUGGCCUUAUCCAAACCAAUCCGGCCACAUUUUGCAAUUGCUUUUGUCGGUUUACAUUUUCCCAUAGAAGAGAUCCAUAACCGGAUUGCAAGUAAAAUCGGUGCAAAUACGAUCCUAAUUACGACUGCUUCCCUUGGAACCAUCGAUGCAGAUUCGAUUACUAAUGAACUCGACGAGAUGAAAUGGGAAGAUGAUGAAGAUGCAGUAGUUACGGACGAUGACAUGUACCUAGGAGUCACUGUGGUAAUUGGGUUCGUACCCGGUUUGAAAAUCAAUGUUAUCCCUCUCCUACAUACCAAAACAGAUCCACAAGUGCCGAUGAUCGACGAAUUCAUUUCAGACGUAAGAGAUUUCACGGUUUUGGUCUCCGGUAAUACAAACCCGGACCCGGUUGGUAUAAUGCUGUUUGGGGACCAUUGUAGCGAUCUGAAACCUAUCCUUGCCGAAAUUGAUUCAAAGAUAUCAAGAGAAACCGUUAUGAUCGGUGAUGCGCACAACUAUUUCGUUUGUACCAAUGCUGAAGUUGACAAUAUUGAUACCCGUUUUUACACCGUAGACGCGGUCGCACUUGUUUUCGCCAGAGAUAACCUAAACAACAAUGAAGUGGAAAUCAAAUUUCACGUGGGGAUAUCAAGUGGAAUAAUCCCAAUUGGUCCAAAAAUAGAGAUACUCGACGUGUCGGUGCACGAGGAGAAAACAACAUGGUUAAUCGCUAGAACACAAGGCGAAGUAUGGCCACUUGAUGCUUAUAAUCUCAUUCUCUCCCUUCAUUCACUGAUUACAGAUAAACCGUAUUUUCUAUAUAUCGGUGUUACAAAAGAAACCGAACCGCUAGAUGGAGGACCAUCCAUAAAAUUUACAGAGUUUUAUGAAGUUAUUGGGACACAACAGAUAAUGUUCAGCGUCGCGGGAACCGGUAUAAAUCCAGGAGAUAUUUGUAUGUUUUAUCACUCAGAUAUGGACACUGCAAUAGCUUCUAGCAACGAUGUUUACAACCGGUUUCAUCAUCUCGUCGAACCACCGCCUCGUGGAGCUUAUGGUCAGUUGGUUUCGAGUAGCCGAACAAACAGGGAGAAAGUGUUUGGAGGGUUCAUGUUUGCUAGCUCGAACCGUGGAGACAAGUAUUUUGGGAAUUCGAUUACGGACUGCAUGCCGUUUUAUGAGAAUUUUCCUGGUGUUCCGUUCACGGGAACGUUUUGCUUUGAGCCUAUCGGACGUUCUCCCGUUUUGGAUGAGGAAGAUGAGUGGCAGAGUGAUGAGAAUCGGUUCAACAUGCAGCCCUUUAAUACAGUCCAUCUGGUUAUGUCUUAUAAGAAGACAAGCAUGAAUCUUGAUUAG